AUGAACACUCUGCAGAGUCUGGGUGGUGUGACUGCAAAUGUUUCUAACCUGGUACUAAAGGGACAUAAUAUCCGGAUAAAGCCUCGAAGGAUGGAAGAGGAAGGCCCCAGGGCCACCUUGAAGCCACUGGUGUUCCGAGUGGAUGAGAGCACUCCCAGGGUUGUGCAGAGCGUCCUCCUGGAACGCGGGUGGGACCAGUUUGAUGAGCAGCAUCAGGAUGUGGAGGAUUGGAAUCUGUACUGGAGGAGGUCCUCCUUCCGGAUGGCUGAGCAUAUCAAUGUCAAGCCCUGGCAGAGACUGAACCACCACCCGGGGACAAUCACCCUCACCAGGAAGGACUGCCUGGCAAAGCACCUGGCACAUAUGAGGAGGCUCUAUGGCCGGUCCCUCUACGAGUUCACACCCCUGACGUUUAUCAUGCCCAGUGACUACACCAAGUUUAUAGCUGAGUACUUCAAGGAGAAGCAAGUACUAGGUACCAAGCCCACCUACUGGAUCUCCAAGCCGGCUAAGCUAUCUCGUGGAAGGGGCAUAAUCAUCUUCAGUGACAUCCGGGAUCUCAUCUUCAACAGCACCUAUGUUGUGCAGAAGUACAUCUGCAACCCUUUGCUGGUGGGGAGGUACAAGUGUGACCUCCGAGUCUAUGUCUGCGUCACCGGCUUCAGGCCUCUGACUAUUUACAUGUACCGGGAAGGGUUGGUGCGGUUUGCCACGGAGAAGUUUGACCUCAGGAAUUUGGAAGACUCUUAUGCCCACUUGACCAACAGCAGCAUCAACAAAGAUGGGGCCUCGUAUCAGAAGAUCAAAGAGGUGGUGGGUCAGGGCUGCAAGUGGACCCUCAGCAGGUUCUUCUCUUACCUGCGCAACUGGGACGUGGACGACCUGCUGCUCUGGCGGAAGAUCAACCACAUGGUGAUUCUCACCGUCCUGGCUAUGGCUCCAUCCGUCCCCGUGGCCUACAACUGCUUUGAGCUUUUUGGGUUUGACAUCCUGAUUGAUGACAACCUGAAACCAUGGCUUCUAGAAGUCAACUACAGCCCUGCUUUGUCCUUGGACUGUUCCACGGAUGUCUCUGUAAAGAGAAGCCUUGUCCACGAUAUUAUUGAACUGAUUUGCCUAAACGGCCUAAGGAGUGAGGAUAGAAAGUGGGGCAGAGCUUCCUCAGGCAGCUCCAGGCUCUCCUUUGCCAGGAGACAACAGCCUGAGCUCUGCAAGUCUUUCAUACAGUUUGCAAGCAGGGCGUGCGGUAAUACCAACCCCUCUGUACGGAGAGCCGUUGACGCCGAUCCCAAGCACACACGGACCUCCCAGCUGAGAGAAAUGAUGAACAGGCAGCAUGUGCUUCUGACAAGAGAAGCCACCAAAAGCAAGCCAAGGCUCAGGGCUCGGCACACACCUCGCAAGGUGCUCUCCCCCAAAGUACCCUUAGCUCAGUCGCAGCCCCACAGGACCAAGGGACCUGUGGGUGUCCUCCCAGAAGCUGGCUCCACACCAAACGACCGUGCGGGCAACUUUGUUCUCAUUUUCCCUUUCAAUGAGGCUACUUUUAGAGCAUCCAGGAAUGGAUUAAAUGUCAAAAGAAUAAUUCAAGAGCUCCAAAAACUAAUGAAUAAACGACUCUCAAGUGGUAAAAACUAA